AUGGAAUUCAGGAGUACUGUCGACAGCCGCCUCAGCUCCUUGCACUACAUCCUCGUUAACCUGAUGGCGUCUCUGCCGGAUUUGCAGUUGGAGCGGUUGCCUGAGGAGAUGCCUCUGGUGGAGAAGGCGGCUCGGCUAACAGAUGAAGCGUUGGAUGCUGCGGCUGCUCUGCUGCAACGCGAGACGCAGUUCCUGCUGCAGCAGAUUCAGCAGCAGGGGAGGCCCCAAGGGGGCCCGUGGGGGACUCAAGAACUGGAACGCCUGCGGCGCCUCCAUGGGGAGACAGUGCUGGGGUUUGAACGGGUCCGGCAGCGAUAUGCAGCAAGCAAAGAGAAGGUGAUGCAGCUUGCGCGUUUCUAUGGUGAGGAGCCGCAGCGGCUGAGUGCUGCUGCUGCUGCUGCAGCAGCAGCAGCAGCAGGAGAGGGAUGGGGUGGGCUCAUGCAUGCUUCUCCCUUCUCUACGCUUGCUGCAAUUCUCCUGACGUUCAAACAAACACUCCGGGAUAUUCAGCAGCACCCCAAGCGAUAUGCAGUGCUGCUGGCCAACACCGGCAGCAGCAGCAACAGCAACAGCAAAAGCAGCAGCAGCGCAGGCAGCGGCAAGGACGGCAGCAGCAAGAAUACACGAUCAGAUGCUGCGGCUGCCAGCGCUGCUGCAGCAAAUGAGGAGGGCGAAUCUGCUGCUACUGCAGACAUGGCCGAUGCAGCAAAGCGCACACCAGCAGCAGCAGCAGCAGGUGGUCGCGGGUUGCAAAGCCGAUUGCUGCGCAAAUGCAGCAGCCCAGAUCCAAUUCCUUUUACUGCUUCUGCUACUGCUGCUGCUGCUUCUGGGGCGUUGAAGGCUGAGAGGGGACAGCGUGUCUCCGGCCUGUCUCCUCCUCAUCAUCAAGAGAGGCUACAGCUGCCAAGGCGCAGCUCGAGCUGCUUCGAUCUGGAUUCUUCUCUCCAACAACGGCCUAUCCCACAGCAGCAGCAACAUCAACAAGCGCAACCCGCAGUGGCUGCAGAGCAACAGGGGCAAAGUGGUGUUCAGCAACCCCACCAGCAUGCAGCCGCUGUGGCGGUGCGGCUGCCUGCGGGUAGCCGGGUGCCUGGUGCUGGUGAGAAGGGCAUCGAGUGCUUCCGCGGCCCCGCUGCUGCUGCUGCUGCUGCUACUGCUGCUACUGCUGCUGCUGGCAAUCGGGCGACGCUGCACGCGCUCAUCGACGAACCCUCGUUCCCGGCUUUGGAUGUGGCGGCCUCCAUCAAUAGGGCGCUGUUUGUUCAGACAGAAACUCCCGCUACAGCAGCAGCAGCAGCAAGUAGACCGGAAGUCGCUGGGGGAGAGGCCCAUCAGGAGAGGUCUGUCACAGAGGAGACGCCACCUUGUUCUGCUGCUGCUGCUUCAGAGCAGCAAGGUAAGCACUCGCAGCAGCAACGGCAGCAGCAGCUCCUGCUGCAGCAGCAGGCACCUUCUUCGGUGAGAGAGCCGUUUUUUCCUCCUCGCGUGGUGCCAAGGCGCUGGAAGCAGCAGCAGCAGCAGGAGGGAGCCAUUCCGCGCAUGAAGGUGCCGCUGCUGCUGAGGCCGCGGCUGCCGCCCCCUGCGUUUGUGCGGGGCGAACAUCGUAGGGUCCCGCGGAUCGAAGGGAAAUUUGGGCAGCAGCAGCGACAGCAACAGCAGCCUCAGGCAGAGCAGCAGCAGCAGCAGGAGGCAGAGCAGCAGCAACAGCAGCAACAGCAACCUCCUGGGGUUUGA